AUGAAUCUUGAUUCCUGCCUCCCUAGUGAUAAGAAUUUUGAAUCUCAAGACAACUCAGAUUUGAGGUUGAUCGAGUCAUUCUCAAAGGAACUCAGAGAUUUCUUGGGGAGAGAUUUUCAACAGAAAGCUGAGCCGAUUGACAGUGUGAUUACUCGGGAACAUGACUUUGAACUUCCAUUUAAAUGCAACUAUUCUAGGAAAGAUAUUCCAAACCUGGAUGUUCUUCCGAGGAGACGCUCACUACCACCCUUAGAAAGACAAGGUAACCUCACCUUUAGGUUCGAAAUUUACAGAAGCUCUGCAUAUGCUUCACCUCACACCUCCUACCCUGUGCAAGUGACUCUCAAUGAAGACAUGUAUCUGAGGUACAGUGUGGAGUCCAGUGCUGACCUGGUGGUAAUGGCACUUAACUGUAAGGCUACCAAUGGUUCUCGUUUUUAUUCAGGGCCAGAAUACAGCAUUAUUCAGGACGGUUGUCCAAUGGAUAAAACUCUUGAACAGAGCUAUGACCCUUACAGCAGUAGCCAGACAUUUCGACUGAGAGCGUUUAGGUUCCUCAAUGAUUAUGAUUCCUUUUACUUGCACUGUGAGUUGCUGGCUUGUGACAGAGAUUCCGAGAAAUCCAGGUGUCGCCAGGGAUGCUCACCACCAGAAAUAUGGAUGAAAAGGCAACUGAAAAGUGUUGUAGACACAACUGGCCCCUAGACCUUUAAAAGAGGGCCAAUAAUUUUCCAAGAAGAGACUCAAAAUGAAGGUGGAGAUCUUUUAAAACAUUCCGCAACUGCUAUGGGAAGCACACCUUUUGCUAAUGGAUUCGCUACAGCUGCAAUGUUAGUUGUUGCUGUUCUAUCUGUGAUUUACUGCAUUUCAAGAUCCUUGUUGUCCACAAACAAGACAUGCAACUUAAUGAGCAGAAAAAAGGAUCAAAUGAGCAGAAGAUAUGCCAGGCCUGAAGUCCAGUUAUUCACCAGUGGAGGGUUGCACCAGAAUGUCAUGACUCCACGGAAUGGCAGACAGAAGUUUACAGUCCAGUCUGAGGGCAUCUACCCCUUUGCCAUGUAGCAAAAUUAAGUCACUCUAGUUGGCUGAAUACUUUUGAAUUCAAAAAAACGUUUGGAAAAAAGAAACCUCAAGUGACACUUCUGAGUACAUUUAGAGUCACAACAUAAUGGGGGACUAAGAUCACAUUUUUCUGGAGUCUGUAGUGCAAUGAACAUUUUCUUCCACAACAUAAAGUGUGGCUCCAUGGUGUAAACCAGGCAUUAGUGAACUAAAUAUACUGUAUUAUGUUUUCAUGAGGCAUUGUGGAUGUAACUUUUUAGCUAACAGUUCCUAAGUUUUGAAUCUUUAAAAAACCUUAUGGCAGGUUCUUAUAAGGCACAAAUUGCAGGAAUGGUGUGAAAGUAUCCCUUCUGUAAGAGUGUGUAAAGGUCUGCAUGCAUGUUUCUAGCUGGAUGCCUUUUUCCUUUAGAUUCAAAUGAUCUUCCAUAUCCUUAUAAGAUUUUCAAGGAGGUUGAUGUGUCUAUUAUCAAUACGCCCGUGUUGUCACACAGAGAUACCAGUAGUGUAGUCAUUAAUGGUCAGCAGUAACUUGAUUAUACAGCAGUAAAAAAUGUUGAUUAACAUACAUGUAAGAGGCAAGUUGAUAAAAGUUAAUGGCUUCAUUAUUUUACUAUUUUCCUUAAAAAGUACUUAAUUGCACAUGGUGCAAACUUUUUUACUCGCAAUGUGAGAUACAAAAUGCACUGUUAAAUGCCACUACAUACCCUAGUAAAAUGCAAAACUACAGUGUCCUAUCAUGUGCUAUAAAUGAUUAACAUACAAAUCUCAACAAUAACUUUACAUAUAUACUGUAUUAAGCAGGGAGUGGCAAGGUGACCACCAACAGAGGUUGACAGGUUAGUAAAGGUUCCAUGGUAAAGAGGUAUAAUUAUAAAAGUCAAUAAAGAAAUGUCAUUUUCUGC